CAAGACUCUCUACGUACGGAGUCUCGCAAUUGGCUAUUGGGAUCAGUCUCGCGGGAAACGCGUAGCGUGCAGGUCGUCAGUCGUCAGUCGUCGAGCUAUUGCUCUCCGCGUACGCCGCGAUCGCUGCGACCUCCGCGACCUCUAUCGGCUCCUCACCCCAACGACUUGCUCGGCGUAUACUGUAAACGGUUAAGUUCGUCUCGCGCGGUGCCGGUGAUGAGUCCGGUUGUGACUUUUAUGUGUCGACGCGUCUUUUCGUCAGUUCCGAACGAGUUGUGUGUACGUACGUAUAUCGGAAACGUCGAAUUUAACAAUGGACAACCGUUUGAAGAUAUUAAGUGACUCACGCGACGUAUAUUUCAGUGGUUUUCUUCGAUUCCCCUCAGGUAAACAUAUCGCGGUUCGUCGUGACACGCCAAUUUUUUAAUUUACGCAUAUUUCUGCUCAUCUGAUCGGACAUUUCGGUGUCUCUUAAUAUCGAGAAGCAUUAAUAGCAAUAUCGGAAGAGUGUAACGACAAUGAUCAAUGAUCAAUGAUAGUAGCUCGCGCGAUCGUCUUUCGGUUAUAGCAUGAAAUAUGCUAAUUCGUGUCCAUUGCUUCGCGCGUUAUUAAAGUGUUUGUCGCGAGAUACCGUUUUCUAAACACAUAUCUCGCGCAGUGAUAAAAUUGAAGUGUUCAGUGAUAAGUAUUUCUUAAAAUUCCGCGUGACGUGUACGGGAGUGUCGAAUUUAACGACGAACAAUCGUUUCGAUUUAUUACCCAUUGGAUUACGCGGUCGCGCAUCUCAUGUUAUUUAUAUAAAACCAAUGUUCGUCGUUUCGCGCGUUCGAGUAGUUCGCAAAUGAUAGUGCAUCGGCUGUUUACGAAGUUUCUAUGACGCAUCUGUGCAGCGAGGUCGUUACACCGAGCAACCCCGACAUCGUCGAGUGGUGCGUGUAGUGCGCCCACCGUGGGAUCAACGAGGAGCAGAGCAAUUGGGAUAGUGAUAGUACAUCGCUAGCGUGUGGAUCCACAGUCGGGCCGUGAAUGCGGUCGUGUUAACAAAACCUCCGAGAUUAACAUCGCUCGGCAGCCGACAAUCUUUCCGAAUAUCAGCAUGAGAAGACAGUCGUACUGUCCUAGUACGAGCAGCGGAAGUGGUGGCGCCGAACCGCUGAUCGUCGUCGAGGAAAGCACGCUCGGCGAGGAGGAAGCGGAGCGUUGUCGCGCGGAAUCGCCGCCGCGAUGCGUCGAUCCGGACUCCCCAUCCUUGAAUCCCUAUUUGCUCUCGCCGUGGAGGGACGCCAGGAAGCACUCUUUACCGACCCCGCAAUGUACAUCCGGGAUAACCGCAUCCCAGGUUCGACGAUUGAGCGAACGCGGUGGAGAAGGUUCUGGUCCAUCCGCGAGGGAGGCCGCUUUCCUGGCGACACUCUCGCAAACGCCAGCAUCGCAAUCGGGCGGUCGACGACACUCCGUCGUCACGAUCUCCAGGGUACCGACUACCCUGUUUGGUCGCAAUCGUCGAGAAUCUAUCGCUGCAUUUCCCAUGGGAAGCGCAACCAGGAUAUUGCAGGGUCGACGAGACUCGUCCACCGGGAUAACCGGUCCGCUCAGCAAUAGUGGAAGCACUCACAAUUUGCAGCUUGAUAUUAUGGAUGACAUCGCUGAAAUCAAGGCCAAAAAGGUUCGCUUAAAGAUGUACAAGACAUCGUCUCGCGAGCGCGUGUGCGAGAUUCAACCUCUGGAAGGCAACGACAGUUCUACCACGCAGAAAUACAUACAACAUCAAAAACGUCGGUUCUCCGAAUUCUCGGCAUCAGUUGCGGCGUCGACGUCGGCGUUACGUAGACGCGCAUCCGAAAUGACGAGACCGCUCUGCGAACUCGAGGCGUCUUGCUCGACGAUGGCGGCAGGCAUCACAUGCUCCAAUACGGAUCUGAUAUCCAUCCUGAGUUCUCUGACGUCGUCCGCGACGGAGAUAAACACGUGCGGCACGUCGGAUCCGAAGGAGGAUCAGAGAUCAAGCUGGUCCGCGAAAACGGCGGAACAGAGACGCAGUCGACUCAAGAGCUCGCGAUCCAACAGUUUCGACGUGUCCAUCCUGCGCGGUACCAAGAGCAAAACGCUAAAUAGCAGCGGCAAGGGCACCGUAGGCUCGUUCAUCGCACCUAGCUCCUGGUUCGCCAAGCGUCAUCAGCCUAUUUCGAAGAAGAAUCGGAACCCGGACGAGGAGAACGUGACAUUCAAGCUCGACAAAUUGAAGGUAGUUAAGAUUGUUAAGGAUACGCUCGCGAAGAACGUGGAUCCCAAGCACAAGGUUCUCUGGGAUGACAGCAGCGGUACCAAAGUGGACGCUCAGGUGCUCGGCAAUGCCAUCGAGAAGAUUCUUACAUCGACCCAUAGAGGAAACGACGCGGAAAUGUCGGGCAGCUCAUCUGGAAAACCAUCCGUGUCACCGAACAAGUCGCGCGGCGGCAAGGUCACCAGCUGGUUCUCGAGCGGGAACAAGGAGCAGGAGCAAGCGGACUGCCCCAGCGAUUCGAUUUGCUCCACUCUCAAGGACCUCUUCGUCAAGUAGUGCAUCAUCGUCGGACCGUUUCUUCGCGAUUACGUUAUUCGUUUCGUUUCGUUUCCAAGCUACACCGGAUUGACAGCACAUAUUCGUUGCACUGCCAUUAUUUAUCUUCUUUUCUUUUUCGCCGAAUGAGUUCUAUUAUCCGAACUAAAUUUUCGUGUAAAUACCAAGAGAUUAUUGGAAUGACCCUUUCCUAUUUGCCUCCUUGAAUUGAGAAGGGUUCGGGCAAAAGACAAAUCGAGAAAAAUAGGGAGAGAAAGAGCGAAUAAAAGAGAGAAACAUAAAAAUCGCAAAAGUAAACAUAUUUUAUUGAUUCGUUUUCAUCUGUUUUUCACUUUUUUUUCUUUUCAUGCAUUCCCUCGCAAGAAAAAAAUGGUUCGCAACCUCGUACGUUUAUCCUUUAAAGAACCAUUUUUUUAUCAAAAUUCUUUAAAAUAAUAAACUUCUAAAAGAUGUAAUCAGAUACAUUUUCAGUCUUUCGGCGUGAUUUUUAUAUGCUUGUGAGAUUUUAUUUGAAAAACUUAAUAUUUAAUAUAAAAAACUGUUAAUCUCGGC